AUGAUGAGGUGCCUCUGCUGGGAUCUCAUCGUGGGUAGACUAGCCAUAAGCACCUGUUGUGACCUUCUUCCCACGCGGGUCUCUGGGACCCAGCCUCCUGGGACUCCCACUGGCUGGCUGACCCCCAUGGGGCCCUUGGGAAGAAGAGCUUUCCAACACGGGUGGGAAGCCCACCAUGAGGACCUACUUGGAGGAGAACUUGGAAGCAGCAGCAGCAAUGUUGUCUGUCCAGGAAGAGAAAGCUGUCUGAAAUAUAGCCUAAUGUGUCUUUCUCUACAUGUGCACAUAAGUGCAUCUGUGAGGCAUCCUUGUGUGAACGUACGGAUGUAUGUUCAUAUAUUGACUGAAUGGAUUUUUCCUACUAUCCUAUUGACUUUUGUCCACGUCAGCAUGUCUUGGGAUCUGGGAAUCAGAUCUGGGAAGCGGGGAGAGGAUGGGAUCCCUUGGCACCAGAGACCCUCCUGUGGAGGCAGAGUGAUGGUUUAG